CAAAGGCCGUAAAGCGCGGCGGUCGAACGGCCGGUUCCGGCUGAAUGUCAGUGCUGGGCUGUGGGCCGGGGAGGAAGGUGGUUGGCGAUCUUAGUAUCACCUCCACGGCUGCCUCUGCUUGUGCUGCCGCCGCGAGCGCCGGACCGCUCGGCCGGUGGGGCAUGAGACCGUGAGGCGAGCGCCGGGUCGCGGCCGCCGACAUGUUUGGCCGCUCGCGGAGCUGGGUGGGCGGGGGCCAUGGCAAGUCCUCCCGUAACAUCCACUCCUUGGACCACCUCAAGUAUUUGUACCACGUCUUGACCAAGAACACCACAGUCACAGAACAGAAUCGGAAUCUGCUGGUAGAGACCAUUCGCUCCAUCACUGAAAUCCUGAUUUGGGGAGAUCAGAAUGAUAGCUCUGUAUUCGACUUCUUCCUGGAGAAGAACAUGUUUGUCUUCUUCUUGAACAUCUUACGGCAGAAAUCAGGCCGCUAUGUGUGCGUUCAGCUGCUGCAGACCUUGAACAUCCUCUUUGAGAAUAUCAGUCAUGAGACCUCGCUUUAUUAUUUGCUGUCUAACAACUAUGUAAAUUCAAUCAUUGUCCAUAAAUUUGACUUUUCUGAUGAGGAGAUUAUGGCAUAUUAUAUAUCAUUCCUGAAAACACUUUCAUUAAAGCUCAACAACCACACUGUCCAUUUCUUUUACAAUGAGCACACCAAUGACUUUGCCCUGUACACAGAAGCCAUCAAAUUUUUCAAUCACCCUGAGAGCAUGGUUAGGAUUGCUGUAAGAACCAUAACUUUGAAUGUGUAUAAAGUGGACAACCAGGCCAUGCUGCACUAUAUCAGAGAUAAAACCGCCGUCCCUUACUUCUCCAAUUUGGUCUGGUUCAUUGGGAGCCAUGUGAUUGAACUUGACACCUGUGUGCAGACUGAUGAGGAGCACCGGAAUCGGGGGAAACUGAGUGACUUAGUAGCUGAGCACCUAGACCACCUGCACUAUCUCAAUGACAUCCUGAUCAUCAACUGUGAGUUUCUCAACGAUGUGCUCACAGACCAUUUACUCAACAGGCUCUUCCUGCCACUCUACGUGUACUCCUUGGAGAACCCGAACAAGGGAGGAGAACGACCGAAGAUUAGCCUGCCGGUGUCGCUCUAUCUUCUGUCCCAGGUCUUCCUCAUUAUACAUCAUGCACCACUGGUGAACUCGUUAGCUGAAGUCAUUCUGAAUGGCGAUCUGACUGAGAUGUACACUAAGACUGAACAGGACGUUCAGAGGAGUUCUGCCAAGCCCAGCAUUCGGUGCUUCAUUAAACCCACCGAGACGCUUGAGCGGUCCCUUGAGAUGAACAAGCACAAGGGCAAGAGGCGAGUGCAAAAGAGACCCAACUACAAAAACGUUGGGGAAGAAGAAGAUGAGGAGAAAGGGCCUGCCGAGGAUGCCCAGGAAGACGCCGAGAAGGCUAAAGGUACAGAGGGUGGUUCAAAAGGCAUGAAGACAAGUGGGGAGAGUGAAGAGAUUGAGAUGGUGAUCAUGGAGCGCAGCAAGCUCUCGGAGUUGGCCGCCAGCACCUCUGUGCAGGAACAGAAUACGACGGAUGAGGAGAAGAGCGCUGCUGCCACAUGCUCUGAGAGCCUGCAGUGGAACAGACCCUUCCUGGAUAUGGUAUACCAUGCCCUGGACAGCCCUGACGAUGAUUACCAUGCCCUCUUCGUGCUGUGUCUCCUGUAUGCCAUGUCUCAUAACAAAGGCAUAGAUCCUGAAAAACUAGAGCAAAUCCAGCUGCCAGUGCCAAAUGUGGCCGAGAAGACCACCUACAAUCAUCUGCUGGCUGAAAGGCUCAUCAGGAUCAUGAACAAUGCUGCUCAGCCAGAUGGGAAGAUCCGCCUGGCCGCACUGGAGCUGAGCUGCCUGCUCCUGAAGCAGCAAGUCCUGACCAGCUCUGGCUGUAUCAUAAAGGACGUGCACCUGGCCUGCCUGGAGGGCGCAAGAGAAGAGAGUGUCCACCUGGUGCGGCAUUUCUAUAAGGGGGAAGAAAUUUUUUUGGACAUGUUUGAAGAUGAGUACAGGAGCAUGACAAUGAAGCCCAUGAACGUGGAAUAUCUCAUGAUGGAUGCCUCCAUCCUGCUGCCUCCAACAGGCACACCACUGACGGGCAUCGACUUUGUGAAGCGGCUGCCAUGUGGUGACGUGGAGAAGACCCGGCGGGAUAAGUUCCCAGACGUGGAAUUUCUGGUUCAAAGGGCCAUCCGUGUGUUCUUCAUGCUGCGUUCCCUGUCGCUGCAGCUACAAGGGGAGCCCGAGACCCAGCUGCCGCUGACUCGGGAGGAGGACCUGAUCAAAACCGAUGAUGUCCUGGACCUGAAUAACAGUGACCUGAUCGCAUGCACUGUGAUCACCAAGGAUGGCGGCAUGGUCCAGCGAUUCCUGGCUGUCGAUAUUUACCAGAUGAGCCUGGUGGAGCCUGAUGUGUCCCGGCUUGGCUGGGGAGUGGUCAAGUUUGCAGGCCUUCUCCAGGACAUGCAAGUGACGGGUGUGGAGGACGACAGCCGUGCCCUGAACAUCACCAUCCACAAACCCGCAUCCAGCCCCCAUUCCAAGCCCUUCCCCAUUCUCCAGGCCACCUUUGUCUUCUCGGACCAUAUCCGCUGCAUUAUCGCCAAGCAGCGCCUGGCCAAGGGCCGCAUCCAGGCGAGGCGCAUGAAGAUGCAGAGGAUAGCUGCACUCCUGGAUCUCCCAAUCCAGCCAACAACCGAAGUCCUGGGAUUUGGACUUGGCACUUCCACUUCCACUCAGCACCUGCCUUUCCGCUUCUAUGAUCAGGGCCGCCGAGGCAGCAGUGACCCCACAGUGCAGCGCUCUGUGUUCGCAUCUGUGGACAAGGUGCCAGGCUUUGCCGUGGCCCAGUGUAUAAACCAGCACAGCUCACCAUCCCUGCCGUCACCAUCACCACCUUCUGCCAGUGGGAGCCCCAGCGGCAGCGGGAACACCAGCCACUGUGACUCGGGGGGCUCGUCUUCCACACCCUCUGCAGCCCAGAGCCCAGCAGAUGCCCCCACAACUCCGGAACCGCCUCAGCCUCACCUUCCCGACCAGUUGGAGAUCGUCAAUGAAACGGAAGCGGAAGCCAAGCCCAGCAAGAACUCAGCCAGGGGCGCGGAGGUGGAGACGGCGCACUUGUCUCCCAGCCUCCUCCCCGCUCAGCAGCCCACCAUCUCCUUGCUCUAUGAGGACACUGCAGACACACUGAGCGUCGAGUCACUGACCCUGGUCCCUCCAGUUGAUCCCCACAGCCUCCGCACCCUCACCGGCCUCCCCCCGCCUCCCAUGCCAGCCACAGCAUGCCCAGAGACCUCGGACGAGGAGGCUGCAUGUGCGGAGCCUGCAGGCCCUGCCGAGCACUGAGUGGGCGCCAGUCCUCCCCCUGUGCAUGCGGCCCGCUGGUAGGGACCCCAGUGCAGUUGAUGGCAAGACAAGCUGGAAGCACCUACACUUCUCCAUGACCCCAGCAACUAUCUCGGAUACCCGUCCCCAUACUCCUGAGCAUCAGAAAGACAACCAUGUUCCAUUUGAACCCCUCUUUCACUUUUACCUCUUUAAGAACAGUCUGGGGCCGUAGGAACAGCCCGAUGCAUGCGGACGACAGCCAUGGCUGCCUCGGAGGAGCUCGAGGAGCCCAACAGCCCAGGGGGCAGGACCCGCCAGCGCCCCUCCGUUCCCUCAGGCAGUUCCGGCCGCUGCGUGCACGGACAAGGUCACUCUGGGCAGCAGGUUGUAGAAAAGCAACCUUAGAUGAGCAUCUCUUUUGGCUAUUUAUUUCUGGUUUGAGCAGUAGUAAAAAGCGUUUAUUUAAAAAGCAUCUAUCUGGGGAAGAAAAAAUCCUCAAUCCCAAGGUUUGAGGUCAUGUUGAAAGUGUGAUGAUACUGUUAGUUUCAUUUUCAUUUUCCCUUGAAUUUGUCAGUGUUUUGUCUUAGAGUGCUGGGUGUCACUUUCUCCAUUUUCUUAAAUGAUUCUUUCUGUGUUACUAUCGCUACAGACCUGUGGAAUGAUAACGUACCUUCCUGACAAAUUUAGAUUCUUUUUAAACACAGUGAAGGACACACACAUACUCUCAGGGCCACAUGGAGUGCAAGGGCCGGGGCUGCGCCGCCAUCACUUUCCUGAGCGAGGUCUUAGUGUCACAGGUGGCCGCACCCCACUCAGCGCUAACACCACACGGACACUGGCACCCAGCCUCACCUGCAGCUGAUGCCAUCUGUGUUUAUCUGAGGAGCCACUGGGGGCCAUGUGGACUCCAGACCCAGAGACAGGAAGAGAAGGUGCCAGAGGGCAUCCGUGGCAUCUCCCCUGCAGGCAUGCACAUCCCAAGAGGGUACCGGCUUCGAGGGCAGCGGGCACCCGAGCACGGAGCAUGUCCCUCUUUCCUCCCCUCCCCUGCACCCUGCAGACUCAGACAGGUCCUACCCAGCUCCAAGAUGUUCCUUUUACUCUUGGUCAAACACAGUGAGCGACCUGUCACCUCUGAGAUACAGGGAGACCCUCUACAGCUUCCCUGCAGAUGUGCCCACCAAGAGUCCCCACACAGCGCCCGUGACCAGCAAACCUGGCCUCGGGAGACAUGCUAUGAUCGGGCCCUCCACUCGCUACAGGAACUUGGUCCUCACCACCUCGGCUUCCCACCAGGAGCUGAGUGGUACGAUGGGAACAGGUCUGUCCAGUUAGGUGGGAGGAAAGAUGUGCUCACUGGGAGAGGCCUGUGUCAUCCAGGCGGGGACCAUGUGUUCCGAUUGAUCUCUUAGAGGGAGGCAGGUGCACAUGGAGCAGAAGCCCAAGAGCCGUGACCUCCUGGUUUUGGAAUGACCUCUUUGGCACAGCACAGUCGAGAAAAGGAAGUGACUUCCUUGCCCAGCAGCAUGACUGUAAGAACCAAAACCAUGCAGGUGGGCCCUGCCUUCUUGGGACCACCAACUGCUGCCUGAAAUCAGUGGCUCCCACUGGCCUCAUAAUAGAGGUGGCAGCUGGCCCCUUGGGCUCUGAUGAAGGACCCUCCCCCCGCGCUUACCCAGGCCUUGACUAUACCCUACUUGGUUAUAGUACACACAGGUGUAUGUUCAGGAGUACCCCACAACCUAAUAACUGGGGCUCUCCCACACCUGCCUGCCCAGACAGAAUAGACAGGUCUCUCAAUAGGACCAGGGGUCUGGGCAAACCCAUUGCUAGAGCCACAGCUCCUACCUACAGGUCCUGAACAGGCAUCUGGGAUCAGCCCUCAAAUACCCACCCAUCCACCACCUCCAAGUCCUGCAGAGAGCACCACGGCCUGCCUGGUCACCUUCUCCAAGUCCCGUGUCGUCCCGUGUCAGGCACGUUGGGCUUGCUUAGCAGCAUUGGCCACUGAGUCCUCAAAACCCUCUGCUUUGAAAGUUGCACCUCCCUUUCUGGUUUGGAGGCUUGGGCAUCCAGGGCCCCCCCAGUAGGGUAAAUGGAAAGGUGAACUCCCUCAGAUGAAUGAGGACAGCCAAGGUGCCAGCGAGGGACUAGGAGCAGGCCCUUCUGCCAUGCUGCCCUGCCUGGCUGCUGCCUCCACAGAAGGCAGCUCCCUCUCACCACCAUCCUCCAAAUGCCUGCACUACCAAUUGUUCCAGGCACGAGUGACAAAAACACCUAAAGACAGGCAUUAAGUUUCUGUGUGGCCUCAGAGAUGCACUGUUCUUAAAAAGGCACUGGUGAACCAAUUCUGAUCUUUUCUAGAUGCAAUAAACAUGAAAUAUGUAAUGCAGUGAUGUUACUGUCAGGCAUAACCUGUAAGGUUGUCUUCUGUUCCUGUGAGCUGAAACAUGUAAAUAGCUCUUGUCCCAGCGAGGAGCAGGGGUUGGGAAAUCUCAGCGCUUCUGGCCAUUCUAGGGAAGCAGCCACUUUUGCCCGCGUGACUCAUGCUUUGUGGGUGCUGAGCACAAGGGUGGAAAUGGAAACUGGAAACUUCCUUAUAAAUUUGAAUUUGGCAAUAAAAGAGGAAAAACCUAA